AUGAGUGGGGUUGCUGAACACUGCGAGAAAGGGCAGAAGAUGGUCGUCAAAGUCUUGGAACCAGCUGGGGUUGAAACCCCACCUGCUGAUGCCGAUGAAUCUGCAAACCAGAAUUCAUCUGACUCAUUACCACAACACAGGAAUAAUAACAAUAAUGCCACUGGUGCACUUGCUGCCAUUUCUUCUACACUAUUAUCUUCUGCAUCAUGA